AUGAAGUUCUUCGACGGCGUGCCGUUCUUCGGCCUCUGCAUCAACGCCGGCAUCGGCGGAGGGCGCUACCCGCUGGAGGAGUUCGACGUCGAGCGCUUCGACCAGAUGUUUCGCACGAACGUGCGCGGUGUCUUCCUCUGGCUCAGAGCCUCCCUUCCCGCGCUCAAGGCUGGCCGGCAGUCGCAGGUUGUCGUCACGUCCAGCGUGAUGGGCUCGCGGCCCAGCGCGCAGGCCGCGCCUUACUGCGCGACCAAGUACGCGGUCAACGGCCUCGUGCUCAGCCUGCGCGCCGAGCUCAAGGCAGGUGGCCACUCGCACGUCAAGUGCGGCCUCGUAUGCCCCGCGGGCGUCGCAACGCCGUGGUGGGAGGACGCGGCGCGCGGCUUUGCGGCGGCGGGCGCGCCGUCGGUCGACACGUCAAAGUUCCUCGCGCCGCGGGCGGUGGCGGACGCGUGCGUGGCGAUGCUCGAGCAGGACGCGAGCUCAAACGUGGAGAGCGUCAUGCUCGAUGCGACCGGGUGA